AUGUCAACUACAGACCUUUAUUACACUAAUAACAACAAUACUACUAAUAACACUACUACCAAAAACAAAAGUAAGUUAAACACUAUUGGUACUAGCAAUCAUAAUAAUAGCUAUAACAACAAUAAUAAUAUUUUCAUGAAAGAUUUAUAUUCACAUAAUCAUACCAAUACCAACGUUUCCGGUCCUAUUUCAUUUGGCAACUCUAUUAAUAAUGCUUCAAAUCCUACAUCCGCUGCUCCCGCUACCAAUACCAGUACCUCUAAUUUAAAUGCAUUUUUUGAUUUUCCCACUCUAAGAAGAACCAUAACUGAUAUUCUGGAAGAUGAAUUGUACACAAUAAAGAAUAACAAUGACGGCACUGCUAUGAAUUUAAAUACUUCUCCUAUGGAUCAGGUAGAAGGUCAGUAUAUCAACAGCAACACCAGCUCAACUGAUAAAAUGUUUAAUGAUUAUGCUGAUCCAAGUUUAACUACUAUGUCUUCAAAACAAGUUUCUUCUCGUCCUGACUCCACUAUCAGCACUCCAAAUAAUAACAGCAACACUGCUUUUCCGUGUUCACCUAUUAGUUAUAAUUCUAAUACCGUUGAUGGGUCAGCUCAAAACACAUUUGUUUCUAAUGGUACUGCUCCUUCCAAUAAUAACUCUUAUCAUAGCAGUACUAAUACAGCUAAUGGUACCACAGUUAUAAAUCCUACUUUUACCAGAAUGAAUUCAGGAUAUUACAAGAGUAAGGGAACCAAUACUAUGAAUAAUAACAAUAAUGUUGCCGUAAAUGACCAUCCAAUAAGAAUUACUUUUCCCUCUGGCGGGUACGAUGCUAAUGAUUAUAAUUAUGAUUAUGAUAAUGAUAUUGAUUAUUUUUAUGAAGACAAUGGGUUUAAUAAAAUUGCUUUAUUGGAUGAUUCAAUUAUUUUGGAUAACCUUUACUAUAACAACACUACCAAUGGCCCCGUUUCUGAUACAAAUUCUGAUACUACCAUUAAUAAUAAAAGCGAUGGCAAUGCUGCCGCCAAUAGGGGCCACAAUGCCGCUAAUUUUGAGAUAUUUGGGGCCAAUAACAUGAAGGAGAAUAUGUUCUACUAUCCACUACAAGAAAAACCCAAUUUUGCUACACAACAAGAGAUUUUGUCUAUGUUUGAUAGAGAAUGCAAUGAAGAGGAAGAUGACGACGAGGAAGACGAUGAUGAUGAAUGUUGGAAUAUGGAUGACAAUGAUUACAAUUAUAAUGAUAUUGUUAUGGAGGAUGAUGAAUUUGGCACUAAUACUUCAAAUAUUGCUACAGGGACCACCACUAGCUCUACUAUUAGUGGUAGCAAUGAUAAAAACUGUCUUUGUUGCCAUUCCACAUGUAACAGUUUUGACAAGAAUGAUGAUUUUAAAAAUAGCAACAACAAUAACAUUUGUCACAAUCAUAGUAACAGUAUAAGUUGGGGAACUCCCUUUUCUCCAUACUAUAAUAUACAUAACAAUACUAGCACCAAUUCGUUCACCAAAUCUUUUAUUGAUGAUAACACUGGUACUAGGAAUAAUUCAAAAAAAAAUUGGUCUGCUAGAAAUUUGACUAAUUUUUCUUUUAAAAAUCAAGGUAAUGAAGAAGCUAUUACUGAUGGCGAGGAAGAUGUUGAAAAGGAUAGAGAAAAGAAAAACUUGGUGGAUGAGGGUAGUGGGGGUGAUGGCGAUUAUAACUCAAGGCAUCCAGAAGAACAACAAGAUAAAGAAAACAAUGAUACCAAUGGCAACGGUGUUGCCGAAAAUUCUAAAUUUGCCGAUGACAGUAGUGCUAGCCCAACUAAUAGUUCCUCUAGUAGUUUGAUCUCCAACGGUAAGUUAUCCUCUUUUAAGGCUUUAGAAACCAAAGUCAAGAAGAUAAAAAAUGUUUCCAACAAUGUUAAGAAUACUACCAAAAAUCCAAAACCCAAAGUAAAAGGUAGCAAAGGUAAGGAAGAUGAAGGAAGUGGUACUGUUCAACAGCAGGAACAACAGCAGGAACAACAGCAACAGCAACAACAACAACAACAGCAACAACAGCAGCAGCAACAACAACAACAACAACAACAACAACAACAACAACAACAACAACAACAACAACAACAACAACAACAACAACAACUACAACAACUACAACAACUACAACAACAAGUUUCUAUUAGUGAUUCGUCUACACCUUCGCUUUCUAGUAUUAGCGCAGCAUCACCAAACACAGAACAUAUUUGCGAAAUGACGAACCCUGUGACCAAAGAGCCAUGCAUGAAGAAAUUUUCAAGGCCUUAUGAUUUAGUAAGGCACCAAAAGACAAUACAUGCUCUAAAAAAGAAAGUUUUUCGUUGUGUUAUUUGCAUCAACACUUUAGGAGAUGAGGGUUAUAAAAAAACAUUUAGUAGGGGCGAUGCUUUGGGAAGACACAUUAAAGUUAAACAUUCUUUAGAGGGAAACGAGCUACAAAAGGCAAUGAAUUAUGCUAAGGAUCACGUGGAGUAUGUUUAA